GUUACGUCCUCAAAUCCUGGUACCCCUGAAUCGUCCUCGUUCAACCAUGGAAGUGCUCGGCAGCGUGUUCCCUCUACGCCUACGCGAAAGCCUAACGUCUUGCACAAGUUUAGGCGAGGAAGCUCCCAUUUCAAGUCCAGCUCGGAGCCCCAUGCGCCUGAGAAGGGCGAGAUACCGGUUAUCCAUCAUCACAGCAGCAUGAGCAAGUUGCGCGAGCAUUUGGGGUCUCAUGCCCCUGAGACGACCGAGUUACCAGCUAUUCAUCAUCACAGCAGCCUAAGCAAGUUACGCGAUGGCCAGGAUGUGUUCCAGUCCGACGCUGAGGCCGAUCGGGAAGUUGCGGAGACCGCCACGGCAAAGGACGGCGAGAGCACACACGGCCCGUUGCCGAUCAUCAUCACCAGUCCGCCAAUGGAGGAAAAGACAGAGUCCUACGGUGGCUACACUGCAUCCGUCCAUGUAUGAGGGCGGUGUGGAUAUCAUCGAUCGCCCCAGUGUCCAGUUGGAAUGCGAGCCAGUACCUGAGGCAGAGGAGGAAGUGGCCAGCGAAGAUACAGGCAGUUUCGUGGAGGUCGACCGCGUACAAACUCAGACGAACUUGGACACGGAGCAGAAUCAGACGGACUUGGACAUGGAGCCGACUGAGACAAACGUGAACGUCGGGCAGACUCAGGCAGACUCGGACACUGUGCAGACUCAGACGGACUUGGACGUCGGGCAGACUCAGGCAGACUUGGAUGUCGAACAGACGCGAACAGACUUGGACGUUGAGCAGACUUGGGCAGACUCCGACAUCGAGCAGGGCCUGACAGACUUGGACGGCGAGCAGACUCGGACAGACUUAAACGUCGGGCAGACUCAGGCAGAUUCGGACACCGUGCAGACUCAGACAGACUUGAAGGUCGAGGAGACUCAGGCAGACUCGGACAUCGAGCAGAGUCAGACAGACUUGGUCGUCGAGCAGACUCGGUCAGACUUAAACGUCGAGCAGGGUCAGGUAGACUUGGAUGUUGAGCAGGGUCAGGCAGACUUGGAUGUCGGACAGAUGCGGACAGACUUGGACGUCGAGCAGGGUCAGGCAGACUUGGAUGUCGAACAGACGCGGACAGAGUUGGACGUCGAGCAAGCUCAGACAGACCUGGCUGUCGAGCAGAUACAGACAGAGUUGGGCGUCGAGCAGGGUCAGGCGGACUUGAACAUCGGGCAGGAUCAGGCCGAGGCAGAAACGCAGACUUCAGCGGAGCCAGCUUCCGAGGGUCCAGUCGUUGCCCCUAUUUCCUAGAAAGUGUGCGACUCUUCUUCCGCUUCUGACCCUGUGGCAAUUAUCGACUCCGCUUUGAACCCCGACGGCAAUGACCGGAAGAGCGUGGAAGUUCCCCGCGCUGAUCCAGUGACAGUCGAUCCACCUGUGCUCGCUGUCAUCGACAGGCGAUCAAGACAUCGCAACCGAAGAGGUCAAGGAACCAAUUGGGUCAGAAAUGUUCACAACGAAAGACUGACCACGAGGCUGAAGUUCAAGCACAAUCCACCGUCGAUACCUCCCUGAGCGAGGAGACCACGCUGGCUCAGUCGGUCCCUUCUCUUCCAGAACCAGUCAAUCCCCAUGUUUCAUCAACACAUCCGACACCAUCCGCAUCGGCUUCGAUACCAAGC